GCUGCCAUGGAGCACAAGGUGACCUGUGUCCUCGCUAUGGUCCUCAUGCUGGCCCUCAGCAGUCUUGCCCAGGACCAGGCAGAAACAUGUACCGUGGCCCCCCGAGAAAGGCUAAACUGUGGCUUCCCCGGCGUCACCGCCACGCAGUGCAAGGAAAGAGGCUGCUGCUUCGAUGACAGUGUCCGGGGAUUCCCAUGGUGUUUCCAUCCUCAAGCCAUCGAAAACCCUCAAGAAGAGGAAUGUCCCUUCUAGAGUCCAUCCGAGAGAACUGUCCGCAUCAAGACUCGGCACCACCCCCUACCUGGCACCGGAAUCACCCACUUCAGACCCACCUGUCCUGCAGCUGGUUCAACCUCUCUGACUUUUAGCC